AGACCUCCCGGAGCCAUGGCUAAGAGCGGAGGCAAGGGGGCCAGCCUGCGCGACAAGCUAGAUGGUAACGAGCUGGACCUGAGCCUUGGAGACCUCACUGAAGUGCCCGUCAAGGAGCUGGCUGCUCUUCCAAAGGCCACAGUACUGGAUCUGUCCUGCAAUAAACUGGCUUCUUUACCGUCUGAUUUCUGUGGACUAACGCACUUGGUGAAACUGGACCUGAGUAAAAAUCGCCUACAACAGCUGCCUGCUGACUUUGGCCGGCUGGUCAACCUACAGCACCUGGACCUCCUCAACAAUAGGCUUGUCACCCUGCCUGUCAGCUUUGCGCAGCUUAAGAACCUGAAAUGGCUGGAUCUGAAGGAUAAUCCUCUAGAUCCUGUCCUGGCCAAAGUAGCUGGAGAUUGCUUGGAUGAGAAGCAGUGUAAACAGAGUGCUAUCAGGGUGCUGCAGCACAUGAAGGUUGUUCAGGCUGAUCAAGAGCGAGAAAAACAAAGGCGGCUGGAGGCCGAGAGAGAAAUAGAGAAAAAACGGGAAGCUAAACAACGGGCCAAGGAAGCCCAAGAGCGAGAAGUGAGAAAGAAGGAGAAAGCAGAAGAGAAGGAACGUCGGAGAAAGGAGUAUGAUGCUGUCAAAGCAGCUAAUAAGAAGGAACAAGAGAAAAAACCCAAGAAGGAAACACAUCAGCCUGCAAAGGCCAAGUCUGGUUCCCGCUCUGUGAAAUCUCGUCCUCAAAAGCACUCCUGGUCCUGGGCUUUCUUAAAGCUGCUGCUAAUGGUGCUUCUCAGUGCCACAGGAGUUUUAGUUGCCUGUCAGGUGACAGAUCUACAGUGGCAGCCUUUCUGCAUCAAUGUGAACACCAUCUAUGAGAAUGUCAUCCAUGGGCUUCGCAGCCAUGAAAUCCUGCAGCGAGUCUUACAGCCAAACUCUCAGCAAUAAGUAUAUUAUCAGCAUCUGCUGCCUCAUCGUCUGUGGAGCCAGGAUUCCUAUGGAAUUGUGUUCUGCCAGACAUUACCUUUUAUAGCAUUGGACCUACUUAUCACCACCAACUGGCAUUCAAUUGGUACCUGAGACACCCAUUUUUAUGUCCUAGGAGAUCUAUGUUAGAACUUGCCUCUGUUCCUUGUGCAGGAUUCUGUUCCCUUUAGAUUUAGAAAAUGGGAAGGUGGGGGUGGGGUGGGGGAGCAGUAGUCUGCAUGCUUAAAGGAAUAAGCUGGGGGAGGGGGAGAUGAAUACCCCUCUUUUCUAAUCCAGGUAUCCAAAGCUAUGUAAAGGUGAGGCAUAUUUUUACUAAAUGGUCAGCUGUCUCCACAUUUAUAUUUUUGUAUGUCACAAACCUAUCCACUCAUAACUUCUCGGGCCAGGAUCUCACUGACAACAAAAACCAGAUCAGGAGACAACAAAUGCAGAACUCGCUAUUGAGAUAAAAUACCUAUUUUCUUAUAUAUCAGACACUAAAGCAAUUUGGUAACCACAGAAAUAAUGGAUUUUUUGAUAGCCAGAUUGGAUCUUGGCAACCAUUUAGUCUAACCCCUUGAUUUUAUAGUGACUUAAGCAGUGACAAAGCCUGAAUCCAUCUGUCCCAAUCCAGUGUUGAAACUUUUUGACAUAUCCACACACACACACUCAGGAGACUAGAUAUGAAUAUGGCCUGGCUUAUUGGCACUGAAGAAAGAAAUCACCUUUGGCUUAUCAGUGACAACCAAGAACUAGUUUUUUAGCCUGCAUAAGGCCCUUGUUGUAGCUCAUGCUAACUUUUACAUUCCUGCCACUUCCAGAAAACUAGGCCUAUCUGAAGGUUCUAAGAGCAGAUAAGGAUAGUCAUCCUUGUAACAAAAGGAAACCCUUUUGUUGCUGCUUUAUAAUAGCGGGCCAAGAAAAGAAGCCAGAUUAUUAUCUGUAGCAUGGGUCAUUCCUAGUUGGAGUAGAGACUAAGACUUAUAAACAAAUUUAGUUUCUGUUUCCCUGCUUCUUGGCACAAGGUUUAUUAGAUAGGUUAUCAGCAAUACUGUGCAGAAUUUAAACAUUUGCCUCUUAAAGCCAGCCAGAGCUGUCUCAAAGCCAGUUUAAGCUAGAUUAAAUAUGGGGUUAAUUUCGCUUUAUAGGUCUUUUUCUCAGGGAGAAAGGGAUACUUUUUGCCCCUUGAUGAUGCUUAUUCUUAGGAAAAAUUCCUGAUUUAAAACUCCUGGGACAGCAAAGGGAAGACGCCACCAACAAUCCCAGAGACAAAACCAAGUAUUUUAGCACAGUGAUAUAGAACUGCCUACCUGUAAGGGCUCUCCUAGCAUUGAGAAAUGAUUUUUAGUUCCUAUUUUCACUUUCUAUUUGAAACACAUGUCACGAGUGAUAGUAAAAAAUGACUUAUUUUCUCUUCAGGCACUGGGACCAUUUUUCUAAUUACUUUAUUGUAUAAGCACAUAAAUAUUCUAAGUACACAAAGUUAUACCGUGAUCCACCCCCUGCCCAGAUGAUGGGUAUUACCAUUCCAUGUUAGGUAAGGGAAUUGGUUAUAGUGAGCAAGCCCACAGAUGAACCCACUAAGAGCUUUAACUUUCCAUUCCAAUCACAAUUGUUAGAAUUUCCUAAACUUUAUAAUGGACUGUUUUUAGGUUUUUAUAAUUGUUAUUAAAUAAGUGUCUUGUGGGA